CGAAACAACAUCUAUCUGGUGGGGGUAAAAACAACAAUAGCAUAGACGAACAAGUCGUGCAAGCACAGUACAACGAACGUGUAAAGCCAUCGGCGAAAACAUAUUUGCCCUCCGAGAUCGUCACCGAGCGCCGCAGACAUGAAUGACCAGCAGCUGGAUUGUGCUCUGGACCUGAUGAGGCGUCUGCCUCCCCAGCAGAUCGAGAAGAACCUCAGUGACCUCAUCGACUUGGUGCCCAGUCUAUGUGAGGACCUGCUCUCCUCUGUGGACCAGCCUCUGAAGAUCGCCCGGGACAAAGUGGUGGGCAAAGACUACCUGCUCUGUGACUACAACAGAGAUGGGGACUCCUACAGAUCCCCGUGGAGUAAUAAGUAUGAGCCUCCCAUCGACGAUGGUGCCAUGCCAUCUGCCCGCCUGCGCAAACUAGAGGUUGAGGCCAACAACGCUUUCGACCAGUACAGAGACCUGUAUUUUGAGGGCGGUGUUUCCUCUGUAUACCUGUGGGACUUGGAUCAUGGCUUCGCCGGGGUCAUCCUCAUCAAGAAGGCCGGAGACGGCUCCAAGAAGAUCAAAGGCUGCUGGGACUCCAUCCAUGUGGUGGAGGUGCAGGAGAAGUCCAGCGGACGGACCGCUCACUACAAACUCACCUCCACUGUCAUGCUGUGGCUUCAGACGACCAAGACCGGGUCCGGAACCAUGAACCUGGGUGGCAGUCUGACAAGACAGAUGGAGAAAGACGAGACAGUUGGAGAGUCCUCCCCACACAUUGCCAACAUUGGCCGCCUGGUGGAGGAUAUGGAGAAUAAGAUUCGCUCCACUCUCAAUGAGAUCUACUUUGGGAAGACCAAGGACAUCGUCAAUGGCUUGAGGAGUGUUCAGACCCUGGCUGACAAAUCGAAGCAGGAGGCUCUGAAGAACGACCUGAUGUUGGCACUUAAACGCAAACAGCAAAGCUAGAGAUGCUAUUGUUAUUUUUUCUGUCUUUCUCUGUCUGUUCCUCUCACACCCUCUUCCACCUCUCCCGCCAUAUUUGUUCUGUUUCUGUUUGUAUCUCUCCUUCCAUCCCUGUAUGCCUGUUUCAGUGCUGCGUCCUUGUUCAUUCAUGGAAAAACAAAAAAAAAGGAGAAAAAUGGAUAAGCAUUUUUUUU